AUGUUAUACGGGCAAAACAUCGGCAACGUAUCAGCUGAACUGGAGCUGCAGCGGCUGCAGCAGGAACACCUGAGGCGCCAGGAGAUGGUGCGCCGUGGUCACCUGUACCCUGGCCCUCCGCUGGGACUCCUGCCUCUGUUGGAGCAGAUGCGUCCGCAACCACCAACCUCUAACGUGGCCUCCUGGCCCCCAAGCCAGCUGGCACAAAUGGCCGCACGGUCACCACCCCCGCAGGACCCUGACGCGCCCCUGAACCUCAGCAAGCAACGGUCUCCAUCACCAGGUCCCAUGAUGAUGCCCCGGUUCGUGCCAUACCCGCCGAUGGAUGAAGGCUCGCCGUAUAUGAAGAAGGACGACGAUUAUAGUUCGGCUUGUAAUACAUCCUCCUGGGGUCAAAGUGCGCCAGAAGAAGCAGAGAAAGCAAAACUGAUCCGCCAACCAAAACGCGACGAGGCGGGAAAACCUCACAUCAAGCGACCAAUGAACGCCUUCAUGGUCUGGGCGAAGGAUGAACGCCGUAAGAUCCUGAAAGCCUGUCCAGACAUGCACAACUCCAACAUAUCCAAGAUACUCGGGGCACGAUGGAAAGCAAUGUCCAAUGCGGAGAAACAGCCGUACUAUGAAGAACAGUCUAGAUUGUCCAAACUGCACAUGGAGAAGCAUCCUGACUAUAGGUACCGGCCGAGACCGAAACGGACUUGCAUCGUCGACGGCAAGAAGAUGAGAAUAUCAGAGUACAAGAACUUGAUGCGCACACGCAGGCAGGAGAUGCGGCAGCUCUGGUGCCGGGACGGGGGCAGCGAGCUCGGCUUCUUGCCGUCUCUCUCAUCGCCGGGGCCAUCGAAUUCCUCCCCCCCUCCCAACGGGGGGAACUACAUGAACCCCGCGUUCUCCCCCCCGCUGUCCCCCCGAGAGGAAGAUUGAGGAACGGCGCGCGGCUGGCCCUACCCGCACGCCGCGCCCCUCUCCAUGCCUCCCCCCCACCCUUGGUAAAUCUACAACCUUCUAGUGCUCCCACUCGGCCUUUACGAAAGUGCGAAGACGUUUCCCCGCUCUUUUUAAUGUCAACGUGACUUAUGGGUGCAAAGUUUGAAGCCAGUGCUGCAAUCGGAUCUCUUGAUGUACGAAUAUGAGAUUAUUCCAUUAGUGAGUUAAGCGCGAACAUUGACUGUGUGAAGGACGUUAUUGUAUUGGUGAAUACGGCAUGCUGUUUCGCAUCGCGAAGUUUUUGUGCCAAACCUAACCGACAAUUAAUUAGACAAAUGUAUAUACUAAGUGAAAAUUCCCUUCUAGACUCAUUGUAUUAUGAAGGUUCUCUGUAAAUAAAUCGCUUUGUAGAUAUUACACACGGUAAUUUUUGUUUUAAAGUAGAAUAGGUUAAGUCUAGAUUAGCGUAAAUAUAUUUGUAGCGUCAGUAUGUGUUGCCAUGUGUAAAAAACCCUUAUCUAUCUAAAUGUAGAAGCUUGUAGAUUUAAGAACUUAUUGUAUCAAACCAAAAAUUUGAAGCGGUAUGCUUGAAAAUUUAAGUGUUUUGAACACGAAACUGAUUUUUGAAACCAGUGAGAGCUAACGGAUCAUAAUAAAUCAUAAUACUCAUAGACUUAGCUCUCUCACGAACUGUUUGUAGUUUAGAUUGUAUACCGUAAAGUACCUAGCUUUGUCGUAAAAAUUGUAUUCGGAGUAAAAUUGCUUAUAUAAAAAUUAAGAGGUAAAUUGAGCAUCGUUUACUUCUUCACCUUUACAAUGUUUUAUUUGAGGAUAUUUUUUGUAACUACUCUUGUGUUAAACACAAGCGGUGGUCAAUUGGAAUCUGUCAAUUUGAAAAUAAAUAAAAAAAACAUUUCGAAAAAAAAAGUUGAAAGUAGUUUACCCACCGACAGUUUGUGGGAACAACAAUUGAACACUACAAAAAAUUUUAAUCGCUUUAUUGAAUCGUGCAAUUUCAUAGUUUUAGUGUUAAGCUAUAAUUGAAAGCAUAAUAAUAUCUACAUAAUAUUUAAUAUACUACUUAUAGUAACAAUGUAUAGACUUCGUAUAGUCAGUCGUUGAUUGCCAUUUCAUUAUUUUGUUAUUUAAUUUUUUAAAUGUAAACAUUUGUUUUCUCUUGAACUGACGGCGAGUACGCGCCAUUUCUUUGGGUGACAGAUAAAAAAUGAUUAAAAAAUAAUGUAUGGUGUGUACUCUCCUUUUAUUAUAUGCCAGUAAAUUCUUUUGAAAUGUGGUAAGAGAUAGUUUAAGCAUAAGUAAAUUAUUGUGUAUGUGUCUUACUGUUUAUCGAUAACGUAGCGUGUAUCAUUCUUAGUAAAUGUGUAAGAAUUUAGAACAGUGCCGUUAAAUUAUUUAUUUUUAUGUUGAGACCCAUUGUAUUGUAAAUAUGCGAUAUUUUUGAUGUAAACGUUAGUAAUUGUGGUUAUUUAAAUGAUCGAUACUUAAUUCGUAUGCGACUCGCAUGGAUCUCGGUCGAAUCUUUUUAUUUAUUGAAUUAUUUUUUAAUUAUCCUUUAAAUUCAUGACUUGCCAUAUUUUCUAUAGUCUCCUCUAUCUACUUAAAUGUGUUUAUCUGUGUACUUAGCAAAGUUUUAAUUAUGUUGUUAUUUUAUUGUUUUUUCUUUUCUAUUAUUUUUCACCGAUUGAGAUUUUUGUUAAUUUUUCCAAUGGAAAUUAUUUGCGAUCGUAUAGAAGGUAGAAUGUAGGUUCGUAUACCUAGUUGGUAUAAACCAGGACACAUUAUUCAGAAAUUGUGCCAAAACCCAAAAGUUUAAUAAAAAGUAAAUAUAAAAAAUA